AUGCCAAGGUCUUUGGCGACGAGAGAGCCGGUGACCUGGGUGCAAGACCCCAGGCUGCUUAGAUUAUAUGCGAGUGGCGAGGGCGCCGAAUCCGAGCCGCCGAAUGAUGCGUAUGCAUAUAUAGAUUUCAACCAAGUAUCAGAAGAAAAAUUUCUUUCAUAUUUUGAACAAAUAUCGUUACCAUCUCGUAUUUUGUCAUUAAAAUUUACCCAAUUACAACAAAUCGAACAUGUAAACGGACAUCAUGAAAUUUUCUUAUCCCUACGUUCAUUGACAUUCGUUGAUACAGAAGAAAAUAAAAUAAAACAAAUUUUAAAUAAAAUUCCAAUUCAACAAUUAGAAUAUAUAUCAAUUAAUGGACAUUGUUGUGAUGGUACUGAACAUCUAUAUCGAAUUUUAAUAUCCGAACAAAUGUUAUUAUUAAAAAAAUGUCAUUUAAAUUUUCUAACUACUAUGAAUUUUAAUCUUAAUAAAAUUCAAUUAACACAAUCAAAAGUUGAAUAUUUUACAUUUAAAUGUCUUAAUUUUAAUUGUAUACUUAAAUUAUUUCAAUAUGUACAAAAUUUAAAAUAUUUAUGUGUUAGUCUAUAUAUUCAAAAUCCAUCAACAAUAACAAUAGUUUCCACAUUAUUAACAAAAUUAAAAUAUUUAGAAAUACGUACAUUUUCGUAUUAUCCACAUUUAUUUAAUAAUAUUAUGCGUUUAUUAAAAUAUUGUCCAAUAUUAAUAAAAUUAGAAAUUAGUUGUAUUGAUCACAAGACGAAUUAA